ACAUCUGGGUUAAUUGGGAGACAAUAAAUUUUAACUAAAAAAGGCUAAAUUACUAACAAUAAGCAUUAAUCAUGAAGCUAAAAUAAUACAACCUUGUUUUUCUAAAAAACUGUAGUGCAAUCAUAUCGCUUGACGCCCGCCCACCUUAAACCUCAGAUUUUUCUAUUAAUCAUACAGGAAGGAAAGAGAUGAUGUAGAAAUAAGCAGAUAUUCGAACACUUUCUUAGAAACCUGUAAGGCAGUGAAUCUCACAUUGAACUGAAUGGCCAUAUGGGUUGGUUUCACACACAUUUGAACAGAAGAUUAAUUGCCUGACUUAAACAUGGAAGUUACUACGAUUGAUGACGUAUACGCUGGAAUGGUGCCACCCUGCCCCGACAGCAUAGAGCAUCUGAACCACACAGUUUUUAUGGUUAUCUACAUCAUAGUCUUCUUCCUCAGCUUGCUGGGGAACACGGUGGUGAUACUUGUAGUGUAUUACAUGGAAAGCCACAGGGCGUCCACCGACGUUUACCUCAUGCACCUGGCGGUUGCCGACCUGCUCUUUUCGUUGACUCUCCCGUUCUGGGCCGUUUACCUUCACCUCGACCAUUGGAUGUUUGGCACCUUUAUGUGCAAACUGGUAUCGGGCGUGCAGGAAGCCACGUUUUACUCCUGCGUCUUCCUCCUGGCGUGCAUCAGUAUCGAUCGCUACCUGGCCAUCGUUAAAGCCACCCAGUUCCUCUCCAGACAGCGCCACCUGGUAGGGGUGGUGUGCACGGUGGUGUGGCUGUGUGCCAUUUUCCUAUCCCUGCCCGUUAUUGUGCACCGUGAGGCCUUUGGGUCUGUGAUAUCGGAGGACGCUUACUUAUGUCAUGAGAAUCUGACCGAGAGUAUGGACGACUGGAGGGUGGGCCUGCGGAUUCUUCGGCACACGGCUGGAUUCUUCCUUCCGUUGGUUGUGAUGGUCUUCUGUUACAGCUUUACCAUGUACACGCUGUGUCACUCACGAAACAACCAAAGGCAGAAGGCCAUGCGGGUCAUCCUCUGCGUCGUUCUGGCAUUUGUCAUCUGCUGGUUGCCCAGAAACAUCACAGAGCUCCUUGAUAGCCUGAUGCGUGGCGAAUGGAUCACGGAAGACUGCGUGCUGAGAGACCGUUUGGAUUUGGCGAUGUAUAUCACGCAGGCUUUGGCUUUCACCCACUGUGCCAUCAAUCCCAUUCUAUACGCUUUUAUUGGGAAGAAAUUCCGCAACCAGCUCCUGAUGGCGCUCUUUAGGAAAGGCCUGCUGGGGAGAGAAACUCUUUCCAAAUAUAGAGUUGGAUCUGUCUAUAGCUCUGCGAGCUCAAGGCAAAUGUCUAUUACAGACAAGUAAAAAUGACAGGAGAAAUUUGGAGCUUCUGUGAGGUCUGCGGUGUGCCGAAAAUGCAUGUUUUAUCACCUUUGAUCUCUGAAAAUGGGGUGAAAAUGCAGUGUACACCUGUAUCAGUGCAGUUUCAGGGAUAUGAAGCAACAGAGCUUGGAGUCUAGAUACAUUUAAAGGGAUAGUUCACCCAAAAAUGAAAAUUCUGUCAUCAUUUACACACCCUCGUGUCAUGCCAAACCUGUUUGACUUUCUUCUGCAGAACACAAAAGAAGAUAUUUUGAAAAAUGUUGGUAAGCGAAGAAAACUGGCCCUUUUAAAUUGUAUUGGAUGGGCACAAAACAAGCGAGACAUUAUUUUUGGGUAAACUGCUCUUUUAAUGUCGAUUUCAGGCGAAUUCAAUUCAUUAUAAUUCACAAGAGCUGCUGUAAAACUGCCAAAUCUUUGCUUGCUGCUAUUUUACUUACUCAGUGUGUGCGAAUGCUUUGUACAAUUGCUUCUGUUAAAGAAAUACUUCUUUUAUUUUGGAAACAUAUCAUUUAAUAAAACAAAUGUUCAACAUCUUAAAAUCUCAUUACAUUGUGCAUAAUGUCUAUGUUUGGUUACGGCACUCUAUGUUUCCUAUUGUAAAAAUGCAUUAAGGUUUUUGUGAUGGUUGGUUAGGGUGAGGGGAUAGAAUUUGCAGUUUCAAAGUCAUUGUGUCCAUGGAAAAUGCAUAAAAUCCCCACAAUGUAUAAAACAAAAAAACUUACUUGCGUGUUUGACUGUCUGUCAUUUUCUAUCGUGAUGAUAACAAUCUUUGAAGGUGUUGCUUUUGUAUUAUUUUGUGAAUCUUAUAAUCUAUGAAAAACCCCUUCCUCACAGCAAAGGUUUCAGAUCCUGUCAGCAUAACUUUAAACACAGAUUUGUUUCUGAAUUUUUGUCAUAGCCAAAUCAUUAUGAUUUCUGUAUGGUUCUCAAAUGUAUACAAUAAAAUGUU